UUCGAUAUAACGACAUUCUUAUUGAUACGUACAACUGAUAACGGGAGUUGAACCCUCUGGCAGUGGCCAACCUUUCUUCGCCUCAUUAGUGUUGCGGCGUUGCUACUGCCAAGCAACGGUUUUACUCGAAAGUAAGAAAGAAACUUUAGGAAAAGGCUAAAAAUUUUCCAAGAAACUUUGAAAACGCGAUAAACGUUGGACCGACAUGUUGAAGUAUCGUUUGGCAUUAAUGGCGGCUGUAAUGCUCACCAGCGUUCUGCUGAUGAGUCAAUCAUCAGCAGCAGCCAAUGAUCAAAUAGAACAGCUGAAAAAUCAAUUUAUGCCCGCCCAAUUACGGAAUACCAACUUCACAGCAGAUGAUUUGAAAAAGGUCUUCAAGGAGAAGUGCAAAAAGGCAUCUGGCGUUGACAACUCCACCCUUUAUCAGGAAGUCGAAAAGGGCAGCGUUAAAUUUAUCGCUUGUCUCUCCGGCUUGGCAAAUUUAACGUCUCUGCAACAGGAGAUCGAAGUGGCUCGGCCCAUAGGGGAACUGGACACGGUUUUCCACAAACACUGCCAAAAAGCACCGCAAGCAGAAAAGUGUUUCCGCGAAUUCAAUGAAAUCAUUCAGCCAUGUUUGAGCCGGGAGGAGAAAUCGCAAAAUGGGGUUAUGGUGCGCAUUGUCUCGGGUCUGCUCAAUUUCAUGUGCUCCCGUGGUGGAGAUCAAAUUGCCCUGUUCGUGGCCGAAGAUGGUCCUGAGUGCCUGGAGGCCAACAAAGAGGCCAUCACAAAUUGCGCCAACAAGUCCUUCACAGAGUUUGUUCCCAAACAAACUAUUACAGAUAUCUUCAAUUUGCCCGAUUUCACCUUGGAGCCGGAGCAUUGUGUGGACUUGGCCAAGUUCGAAGCUUGCACUUUGCAUCAUCUGGAACAGUGCCAAGAAAUAACACCCGCCAAUGUGGCCGAGUCUGUCUUUAAGUUUGUCAAAAACGAAACGAGCUGCAAGGCAUUUUUGGAGGGUAAGGCCAAGCCCAGAUCAAUUUUGAAGGAACCCAGAAAUGCAGCCACCAGUAUCCGAACUAGUAUUUUGGCACUUUUGCUGCUCUUCCUAGGUGCCAAAAUGAUUUUAUAAAUUUUGUGUAUGAGAUUGUUAGCCAAUCUGGAUGCCAUCGUUGUUGUUAUAGUGUUUCAUAAUAUUAAGUAAAACAAAAUAUUUAUUUAUAGUCCUC